GGCGAAGUACGAAGGCGUCUCUCGUCAGUCAAAUUGUGAUCGUCGUUGCGUGACCAUUUAACGUUGCACUUGGGUUAAAUAAUUCUCCGGCAUAUAUACAUUGGAUUCGUAAAAAAAGAGUGGAAAGACAGCACCCGUAAAACAUAAUACUACGUGUGCAGUAAAACAUCGAAUUGAUUCCAACGAUAAAAUGCAACGAUUACUACUGUUGACUCUUUCACUUGUCGUAGUAUUGUGUCAUGAACAAUUCCAAGUAAUCUUCGAGUGGAAGUCGAUUGACUUUAAGUGGCCGUCAGAGGAAGUACGAAAAUAUGCUCUAUUGCGUGGCGAUUACAUACCAAUGAACAACUUCAUCACCACCGUGAAGUUCUGGAAGGAUAAGAUGUACCUGACAAUACCACGAUGGAAGGACGGGGUGCCAGUGACAUUGGGGGUCACGUCGGCAAAACCGGUGAACAAUAAUGAAACGGCGCCCUUUCUGGACCCCUUUCCCACCUGGGAUAUGCAGAAGCUGGGCGACUGCUCGGCUUUUCAAUUAGUCCACAGCAUAGAAAUCGAUCCUAAAGGUCGCAUGUGGGUGCUAGAUACCGGUCGAUCUACAGCUCUGCGGAUGGAAAAUAAAAGAGAUUGUCCGGCUCGCCUAGUCAUCCUUGAUCUCGAAGACAACGGCAAAAUAAUACGCACUUACGAAUUCCCUGAUUACGUAGCUCGCCGCGGUGUGACAUAUCUCAACGAUAUUGUCCUUGAUCACGAGAACGGUGGCAUGGCAUACAUUACUGACAAUGGUCUCGACGAUCCUGGCAUCAUCGUGUAUUCCGUGAAGAAUAAUACCUCUUGGAAGAUUCGGCACGACUCCAUGAAGGCGGAGAAAGAGGCGGUCGGGUUUAUGGUAGCGAAAACGCGUGUGAUCAACCCGGUGAACGUGGACGGCAUAGCGCUCUCACCUGCAAGCGAGUCCAACAGGCAGAUUUACUACUCGCCAUUAUCUUCGUUUCAUUUGUACUCAAUCCCGGUAUCCGCUGCGAGAGACAACGUGACGAACAUUGAUCAGUUCGUGAAGGAACUCGGGCGGAAGGAAUCGCAGACCGAUGGUAUGGCAAUGUCGGCUACUGGCGUGCUUUAUUUCGGCUUAUUAGCUGACGACGCUAUCGUUAUGUGGGAUACCAAAAAAUCUUCCUUUGCUGUCGGUCGACGAAUUAUAUCGCGCGAUCAUGUGUUGACGCAGUGGCCCGAUAGCUUCACGUUCGACGAAGACGGUAACUUUUGGUGUGUCACUAACAUGUUACAAAACUUUUUGAACAAUCGUGUCAAUAUCAGUGUACCCAACUAUCGUUUGAUUCGAACACAUUUAGGAGUCAAGAGUUAUCAAUAUUACGAGAAUGGAACGGCGCCGGAAUGGCCGGAUUUUACCGCCAGUGCCGAAUCCGUCAGAUUCGCCCUUGCCACCUUAUUGGCCGUACUUCUGGUAUUUGUUGCCAAGUAAUUGCUUUGUAUCAAAAAUAUAUAUAAAGAUGUGCAGAUUUGCCGAUUCAAACGCUAGAAGAAAUGAUUUAUAAGUUCACAUUAGUAAAAAAUCGAUUAUAUUUUGCAUACAUUUUUAAGUGCCCAGAAUUUUUCCAUAAUGUCUAUAUGUUUAGGUGUAAAUUGAAUAAAACACGAAAUGAAAAUAGUACAGAAUAGAAAAAUUCAACAAUUACGUAACGGAUAGCAAAUAUCUUUUUAACGAUAUCAUGAAAAAUUUUACCGGAGUAAUAUUUA